UGUAGUGACAGCAGGCUUUGAACGUCAGUCUCGGCGCUGAGAGGAGCAGCGUGCAGCUCUCCAGUGUUUAUGAGUGGCUGGCUGGCUGGAGGAGUUACCACGAAGCUCCUGCAGACAGACAUUUUCUCCUCCUCCGGGCUCCCCAUAAUCUGCCAGAUUAAUCCGGCGGACCACCUUUGCGCUCCGAGCCUCCUUCGUGCGCCUAAUCAUCACCCUAUUGUCUUCUUCUUUCUGUCUUUUUAUUUAUUUAAAUCCUCGGCCAACGCACGAUUUCUGCUUCUUUUUCUUCGCUGACAUGACAGCCGACCUGCCUCGGGGCUGUCCGCGCUGCUGAACCUCCACCUGCCGGGCGGAUUUAAGCGUCUCCAGCCGCCGGCCAUGACGCAAAAUUGAGCCCGCAGGGAGGACAGGGAGGGAACUACCUGUUAGCUUCUCCAGAGGGCUGCGGGAUUAUGCUGCGCGUCCACGAGAAGUGUCCUUCAUUCAUUCAGCCCCUGUGAAUCCGCAGCUGCAUACCUACUGACCUACUUUGCGCAAAUUGGGGAAUAAAAAAAAAAAAGAGCAGCGACGCAGCGCAGAGAUGAGGAUGGAGAUGAUGUGGAGGCAGUGGUGACCCUGCAGGUGUGGAGGGGGGAAACUUCCAGUGAGCCACAGGGGAGUUAAAGAGGACACAAAAGGGGGGAGGAAGGAGAGGUGAAGCUGAAGAGCCAGAGGUGUGUGCGCCUGAGCCCGGAGACGGAGGAGGUUAUGACCGCGUCUCCUCACCUGGACCCCGGGCUGCUGCUGCUGCUGCUGGCCUGCUGGCAAACACCGGGGAUGGUCGGAGCGACUGUGCCAGCAGCCCCGGUGAACGUGUCUGUGACCCAGCUGAGGGCGCAUUCGGCCAUGGUGACCUGGAACGUCCCUCAGGGAGACACUGUCAUUGGAUACGCCAUCUCACAGCAGAGGCAGGACGGCCUGAUGCAGCGCUCCAUCCGGGAGGUGAACACGUCCAGCCGCUGGUGUGUGCUGUGGGACCUGGACGAGGACACACACUACAGCGUCCAGGUGCAGUCCGUCGGGCCUCACGGCGACAGCCAGCCCAGCCGCGCCGUCCACUUCAGGACCCUGGAGAGGAGCGACCAUUAUCCAGCCGGAGUCCUCGACCACCAUGAACCAGCGAUGGAGGGUCUGGGCAUGACACCACACCUGCAGACCGGAGAGCUGCUCAUUAUCACCACUGUGCUGCUGCUGUGGGCAGCCGUCAUCGCCCUCUUCUGCCGACAGUACGACAUCAUCAAAGACAACGACUCCAGCAGCACCAAGGAGAAAGCCAAGAGGCCGCUGGUCCGCGCCACCUCCUCCUACUACAACGCCUCGACCGGCAGCUCGCCCAUCUACCACAACGGAGCCAUCCACAGCAGCAGGCUCCACAGAGCCUCCUCCUCCAUCAGCAUCAUUAGAGUUUGAGUUUGGGGACUCGGCAGGAACUUAAAGCUCGGUGACGGUCGGAGAACGUUUGCCUGAGGAGCUUCAGUGGAUUACCAUGACAAAUGAAGAAUUUAUAGACCUGGCAAAAGUCUAAUUUAUUGUAAAAUAUGGGCAGAGAGAGAGGCACUCCAUGCAAAUUGAAUUCAGAUCAAACUGAGGGAGUCACUGUGGAGGAAACGGGCGACUACUGCUCUCUAGUGGCCGAAGACUGGAGCUGCGACAUGCUGGUGGACUCGCAGCUCUCCAGAACUGUGAAUGAGCUGAUCUGGACACGGAAGAGUUCAGCCAACAAGGACUCAUGUUGAACUACUUCCUUGUUGUUUUUGUGUUGUUCUCUCUUCUCGUCUCUGAAGCUGUGAUCAGACACGGUGUAAACAUCCAGCCUGCGUGAUGCGAUCUCAGGUGGACAGACCAGGUGGCAUUCACACGCGUCUCCAUGCAAACAGUGUUGUUUUUUUGUUUUUUUUUACACUAAGAAAGAAAUAUCUUCACAAACUCACAGGGAGCCUCAAGUGAUUUAGAAUUUGUCAUGCACAGCGUUACACAAAGUUUAUAAAGUCUCUCUUAACUCAACUCACAAAAUUGAGAGAUUUUUAGAUGGAGUCUGGGGACGUUCUCCUCAGACAGACAAAAAGUAGCUUAUAUUGGUUAUUGAUCACUGUUGUACUCUUCUUUCAUAGAUCACUUGAACAGUGUGUUCAGACAGCUGCUAACUGCAUCUUGGGUGCACUCACACCUCUGCGUGUAUCCAGUAUAAGGUACUUUUUGUUGCCCGCGGACAAAGUCCCCAGACUCCGUUUAAAAAUGUCUCAAUUUUGUAAAUUAUUAAGAUAGAAGAAACUUUAUAAACUUAGCAAAACACUGCUGAUGGCAAGUUCUAAAUCACUCCUGCCUUCUUGUAAAUUCGGCAUUAAAUGCAAUACAUUCAGUUGCUUCUUUCCUUGUGAAAAGACUGACUGUCUGUCUGUUUGUUGCGGCACUGCUGUAGUAGCCCGUCUGCUUCCGUGUCAAAACGCGUCCCACCUGUCGACAUUUUUGAACUCACUGUUUCAGCUGAUUUCAUCAUGUGUUGAUGGUAAACAUGUCAGAUUUUACAAAAACAGUAAACAGUAACCUGUUUGUGGUCUACUUCUUGGUCGACAGUAGAGAAAGCCCCCAGACUCCCUUUAAAAAACACUCCAUUUUGUGAGCAGUUGAAGUAUGAGGUACUUUAUAAAUGUUGUGAAACACUGUUGAUGACAAAUUCUUAAUUAUUUAGGGAUCCUUGUCAAUUCGGCAAAGGUUACAUGUGAAGAUAUUAGUUUCGUGUCUGUUCGUUCCAGUGAUGUUUACUUGCAUCGAGACGCAUAUUGGUGCCAGGUGUGAACUGACGGAGCUGUCCAGCUUUGGGUCCAGGUCUGAACGGGACUUGAAUCUCCGAUGAGCCUAAUUGUGAAUAUUCGCCAGCAUGCCGAGCCAUGUCCACCUUAAAUUAACGAAUGGUGUCAUCAGGUUGAUAUUUGUUACCGGGCAGAAUCCUGAGUUAAUGUAGGAGUGACAGAGCGACAUCUGUGAGCGUUUCUUUACAUUCUUACUGUGUUUAACUUUCAUGUCAUUAUCAUUGAUUAGAUGUACAGAACUAACAUCAAGUGUAUUAUAUGUAAUUAAAAUAUGUACAUAAGUCAAAUUGAAAAUAGAGUUAAAUUAGGUGUAAUUCAAACACAUAAUUGAAUGUAUAAUUGUGUGACAUUUACACUGUAAACUUUCAUCAUCAGUUUAAUUAAACGCAUCAUUUGACCAUGUAGUCACUUUGUAUUAUUAUAAAACAUCUUAAAUUAAUGACUAAUUAAUAAAACAAAUGUACUCAAUUUAACUAAUCUAAUAUUUUUGGGUUGUCUUUAGGUGAAUUUUCUUUUCUGGCGCAGAAGGAAGAAAUUGAAUCAUAGCACUCAUUUUGUAGGCUCAAAUUCUUGGUGGAAUGUAAAACAUCACUUUUACUUGAAUGUUUCCAUUUUAUUUAACUUUAUAAUUCUACUCCACCAUAUCUGAGAGGCAGAUAUUGUCCGCUUCACUCAACUAAUAUGUAUUUUUUCAAACCCCUUCUGUCCAAGUGAAAACAUUGAGUGAAGAGUGUCAGAAUUCUGAGAUUGCGAGAUAACUUUUUUUUUUUUUUUUUUUUACACUAGACCAAAAAACUUUCUCUUCAAAGUUUCCCAAAGUGAUUCCUGUAAAUUCUGGAAGACUGAAGGGGGAAUUUUUCCUUCAUGAGUUGAGAUAAUUCCCCUUCUUCUUCAGAUAAAUAAACGCUCUGAACCCCUCUUGGCUUGAAAAUUGGGAAUUCUGGGGAAAAAUUCAGAAGUCUUGGAACAAAGUCAGAAUUCUGAGAUUGUGAAAAAGAAAAACAAAGACUCUUCAUUAACUUUCAUAAAUACCAAAGAGGAGCAGCAAAUCCCCACGUAACAGAAGCUGGAGCCAACAAACGUUUGACGUCUUCACUUGAACGAUCCUCGUCUCAGCAGUUAACUGAAAGUCACGAUGGUCAAACCUUCAAAAAUCCAAGCUGUGAAGGAAGCGAUUCUUCAGUCAGAAUCUCAGCCGGCGUGUUUCUUCCUCUGCUGCCCACACAGAGAUCCUGAAAACUGCAUCGAUCGAUACUUCCUGAGUGAGGCGUCUCGUCCGCCCCCUCACAUCUGUCCUGCUGCGUCUUCUGUCAGAGCUCAGAACUCUUCCUCCUGCUUCUUCUGAGGAGAAAUGAAGAGAGAGCUCAUCUGCUCACACGCAGGAUGAGAUGUUUUUAUCGCUGACAGCUCCUUUUUUGCAUUAAAGAAUAUAGAAUUUUGCAUAAUUUCUGGACCAUUAUCACAUCUGUGUGUACAAAGAACUGGAAACAACAGAGCAGAUGAAUAAAAGGA